CGCCAAUUCAUUUUGGCCUAAAAUACAAGAAAAAAUAUAAAUUUGAAUUCUCAGUAUUUGAUUUAAAAGAGGAAGAACAUCCCGAAUUCUCUUUAUUAUCUCCAGACAAAAAUCCUCGAAAACUCUAUAAAGCAUCUAGAUGUGAGGAUGGAAGUUUUACCUAUGAACUUGAAACGACAAUUGAUCAAAAGGGAGAUUGGAAAUUAGUUUGUUCAUCGAAUGGAAAAAAUUUCGAUUUUAUUGCGCAAUAUCAUGCUGAUUAA